AUGUUUGACGAUGGAGAAUCGCCUUUUGUCGGGUUCGCGCUCUCUGCUCCCGCAUAUUUUGGUGUUGACGAUGCUUUGGCUGUCGCUGCUGGUCCUGAUACUGGUGUUUCCGCGUGUGCUUUAGCCGGUGGAGAAAAUGCCGGAUCUAGCGCCAUACUGGUAGCAUUUACGAGAGUACGAGAUGUUGAGGAUGUUGAAGAUGUUGAGGAUGUUAAAGCUGUUUUGGCAGAAUUAUGGUUGUUACCGACUUUUACACCCUUAUCAGAAGUCUUCGCGACGGGCGAGUCGGUGGCAAAAGAGAGUGGUCCUUCGCUAAAAGCCAUAGGUGUCGAUCUUGUCACCUGUUUCGAUGAACUAGCUGGGGUGAAAGUGCUUUUGGUAGCUGGCAGUGGUGAUGGUAUCAAUGAGGGUUCCAAAGGACCCAAGGAAUCCAAAGAUCGUGUCGAUGAAGUCGAUUCAGCUGCUUUAACACCUGGUGAACUCGCGAUUGCUGGGUUCAAACUCAGUGAACUGGGUGUUGUCGCUACCACUGGGACCGUUGCUACUGGAGGAAAUCGCUGUACAGAGAUAGAUCCGCGUGCUGACGUCGAGAACGGUGACUUUGCAGUGAACUUGGGCGAAGUUGAAAAGAUACCAACAGGAUGUCGGUGCAUCGAUCCAGUCAAUGGUGAUGUUCCUGAAGCCAUGGCCCCAACGUUCGAGUGA